AUGAACCCUUUUUUCAGGUGUAAUAGUAUUAUUUUGAGAUCUCUUAGUAAUUAUGCAGCUGCUUUAGAAGAUCUACCUAAUGGGAAGGGUAAACGGAAAUCUUCAAGACAACGAAGUAUGAGCUUGAGCAGUAUGGAUUCAGAGGUAGAAGAUCCAUUCACUGAUACUGUUGAUAGUGGAGGAGGCCUCAGCCUGGGCCUUGGUAUGGGCCUUCUUUUAACAGAUGGCACAUCUUGUUCUGGGGCUAGUCAUCAAACAGGCACUACAGUUGGAGGAAGACGUAGUGGGGUCUCAACCCAUUCACUGAAUGAAGCUGAUCUGCAGAAUGACUUUGCUAAAAUUCAAGCAAAGAGAGAAGCAGAAUCUCGUCUUAUGCCAGCAAGAUUACCCCUUCAGAAGUCUGUGUCUACUCCCUCUAUUAUUGCUGUCAGAGACUUGGCGAGCGCAACAGUACAAAUAGAUGGAGCUGUUGCCUCAAUACAACCCUUUGUAUGUGCACGCCUUGGCGACAGUGGUCAACGUCUGGGCACGGAAAGCGAGACAGAAGAAGAAGAACCUCGACUCCUUCCUACAAAUAGCCAGCUUUCACUUCACCAUUUGCUUGCUGAUCCUGCUUAUGACAACCAUGUAGAAAAGCGAAGGAAACGAGGAAGCUUGUUUUUCAGGAAGAAAAAGGACAAAAAGAAAGUUCCUCAUCAGUGGGUUUCAGUUUGCUAUGUUGCACCUCACACUUGUGAUUGGUGUGCAAAGUCUCUUACCAACAAACCAGCCUUUUCAUGUGAAAAUUGUUCUUCAACUGUUCAUCAAACUUCUUGCAAAGAUCAUGUUCAAGAUUGCAAGGGAAAGAACGCAAAGAAUUCAUCCAAGUCCAGUGGGAAUAUUUUGGGCCAUGCACCGACUAAUAAACAUCCGCAUGAGAAGAAAAAGAGUUUAACAAGUGUGUCUCUAACUUCAAAUUCAUCUAGCAGGAGGACUACGUUGUGCUACUCCCCUUGGAGGAGGGUAGCUGCCAAGUUGGGAGUUAACCAAAUUAUUAAUGAAGAAAAAGAUGCUGAUGGGUCUCAUAUCCAUGAUGCUGUCAAUUAUUCUGAUGAAGUACCCCUAGUGCAAUAUGAGUUUCUUGAUGAAAGCCCUGUUACUGCAAGUGAUCUUGAAUUAGAUCCAGUUCAUGGAUUGCAGGCAGAGGACCCAGAUUCUUGGACACCCACUGUUAGCAAAGAGGUUACCAAGAAAUUGAAAGAGAAGGAAGUAAAACGACAAGAACAUAUGUAUGAAUUCAUCCUGACAGAAAAACACCAUUGUUUAACAUUACGAGUGAUGCAGAAGGUUUUUGUUGAAGGCCUACAGAGGCAUUUUCAACUGGGUCCUAAUUUGGGGAGAAUGUUUCCUCGACUUGCUGAUCUGACAGAAAUCCACCUGGAAUUCCUUGCAAAACUUAGGGAAAAACAAAGAGCUUCUCCUGUCAUUGAUACCCUUAGUGAUAUAUUACUUGAGCAGUUCUCUGGGGAAGGAGCAGCACGGCUAAAAGCUUGUUAUGGGGAAUUUUGUUCAAGACACCGUGAUGCAGUCAACAUGUACAAAUAUUACCUGCAACAUGAUAGAAGAUUUGGGGAAUUUGUUAAGCACUGUCAGGGAAACCCAUUAUUAAAAAAGAAGGGCAUACCAGAAUGUAUUUUAUUUGUUACUCAACGGUUGACAAAGUAUCCUCUUCUCAUUGAACCCUUAAUUAAGACGAGUAAGGAUAACAAAAUAGAACAGGAAAAGCUUCUACGAGCAUUGGCACUUGUAAAAGAAAUACUAGUUGAAGUUGAUGCUCAGGUGGCUGAAAAAGAAAAAGAAGAUAGGAAACUUGAAAUUUACCAUAAAAUUGACCCAAAAUCAUUUACAUUACAUCGAGGUCAUAAAUUUAAGAAGUCUGACAUUCUUGCUGAUAAUCGUAAAUUAAGAUUUGAAGGGGUUGCAAUGCUGAUGCAAGGGCGAGGAAAAAUGCAAGUGGUUCUUGUUAUUGUCCUGUCCGAUGUACUCUUUUUCCUUUUGGAGAACAAUCAUAAAUAUUCAUUCUUUACACCAGAUAAUAAAGCUGGUGUGAUCUCUCUUCAGAAACUGUUGGUAAGAGAAAAAGCAGGACAAGAAUCUAGAGGAAUCUACCUCAUAUCAUCUAACCCAGCUGAUCCAGAAAUGUUUGAACUCAAAGUUCACAAGCCUAAGGACAAACAAGUUUGGAUCCAGGCUGUUAGAUCAGCUGUCCAGUGUUGUCCUGAAGAUGAGGAAGAUGGCACGACUCUUAGUCAGGAAGAAAAGCAAAAGCUUUUUGAUGCAAAACAAGCUCAAAUUAGACAAAUUGUCGGCUCUCCCCUUGGGGAAUCUGAAGUCCAAGGUAUUUUAAGGCAGAAAGAUGUUGAACAAGCGUUGAUUUUGGAGGAAAAAAUGGCACUUCAACAGCAGCUGGCAGGUAUCUCCUCCAUCAACAAUGCCGUUGAUUCACCAUCGUACUGUCAUCUUGUCUCCGAAGACAUGGACUCUGCACGCAUGUGGCAAGAAGUCCUUAAAGCUUUAAGGGAGGUCAAUCAACUAGCAAGUUCUCUGUAUGCUUCAGGAACUAAUCUAUCUCGAAGUGUUAGUUCUGUUGGGGAACAUCAGAGCUCUGCUUAUGUAUCUCCCACUGUACCUAAACGUGCAGAGACUUUUGGAGGUUUUGACAAUGCUAACAAAGAACAAGGGCCAGGGACAAUUUGUAAAGUUUUGAAGAAACCUCAACAAGCUCAACCACAAGUUGCUGUGCAUGGACACAGCCGCGAACCAUCAACUUCUUCUAGUCCAACUCUGACACCAGAUUCUGAAGCUGGUCGCUCUUCAAGACCAUCUUUGCACUCUGUUGAGGCACCUUUGAGAAGUGCUAUUAUGGCAACAGUUCCCUCUGGUAUGCUUAUUGCUUCCACUGAAGCUCUACCAACUGCUCAAAUUGCUGCCCCAGCUCAUGCUGAAGUUCCCAGUCUCGUCACUCUUGGUCAAGAACAACAAAUGGUUGCACUGCAAUUGUCACACCAUGUCUAUACUCUAAGUAGCAUUAUAUCACAACAAAUGACUAGUAUUGACAACCUACAGGCACAGUUGGCAGCAUAUCGAACCCAGUUGUCAAAUGAAAGUGAAAGCAAACAAAAGCCAGCUUAUAGGCAAGCCCAUCAACUCGAAGAACUGCGAAAUUUACAAGAUCGUCUCACACAGGAAAAGGAGGUUUGGGCAAGAGAACGUGAAGAGCAGGAGAAAGAACUGAAUGAACGUAAAGCUGAUCUUCAGAGAUUACAAGAUCAAGUUCGAUCUGAGCAAACAGAUGUGAGGCAGCAAAGAGAACAGCUUUUCCGCAAGCUUGAAAUGCUCACAAGUCAGGGCAUUCUUAUCAGCCCAAAUAUGCCUGUUGUGACUACUCCUGGAAGCAGCCUGCCUGGCAAUGAGUUAAAUGAUGCUUCUUCUCAUGAAGUAGACACGGCUUCUUCUUUGAUAAAUGUAACUACUAGUCAACAAACCACUCCUUCUCCACCCAUUCGUAAAGUGGAAACAACUAAAUGGAAAGGUCCAAUCAAUAAGCCAGCAGCUGUGCCUCUUAAUUUGAUAAGUGCAGCAAACCAACAGAAGGUUGCUCAAAGUGUGCAAGUAAAGCAGCAAUUGCCUUUGAAACUUUCAAAGCUGAGCAGUGGAGGCUUGAACAGCGGAGGAGUUGGAGGCAAUAGUGCAAGUGGAGGAAUUCAACAAAUGUUGCCUCUAAAGUUGAGCCAAGGAAGUGCUGACUCAAGAAGGAGCAUGGGCAGCCUCAGUAACAGUGGAACUGGAAGUGGUACCUCGGGUCAGUGAAAGGGUGCGGUCACUCAAAUUGUCCGCAUGCAACUGCAUCCUGUUAGAAUGAGAAUCUUCAUGGUUCUCAUCCCUAAUCAAGCUAAAAACAUAGCAUGGUGCUGCACUUUGUAGUUAAAGUUUCAUGUUUCUCUAAUUAGAUUUAUAUAGAGAGCCCUUACAACCACACGUCUGCACAUUCAAUUGCAUGCUUUUUGAGUCCCACCUGCUUCAUGUAGAAUAAGCCAUUAAUUUAAUCUCUACCAAUAAUAGAAACCAGAAUAAUAUUCUGAAACAUUUUGCAUGUGCCCACAGUCACUACCCACAUCCCGUUUAGUUACUCCC